GUUUUAACAGGACACACACAAAUGAUUAUUGAUUAGCUUCGUCGGCCGGCUCAUAAUGGAGAACCAGCAUCGACAUCUCAUCUUCUCAGCUCCGUAAAGGCCUCAUGAGUGCCAUAAAGACAAAAGCUCUUCUUCAGUGGUGACGGCAGACCUCUUCCCUUUUUUUCCCUUUUAAAAAUCAUGGAUGAAACCGCUCCACAGGACCCGUCUUCCCUCAUGAAGGGAGCUAGAGACAUUGCUAAGGUGGCCAAAAGACAAGCCGUCAAGAAAGUCAACAAAGUUGUGGAUCGAGCCUCAGAUGAAUACUCCCAAAAUCGAGCCUACCAGCGCUUCCAGGAUGAAGACGACGAGUACUACAGCCAGCCAGAUGGCAACUACACCAGCCACCAUGCUAAUGAUGAAGAGGGAUCCAGCGAUGCCACUGAGGGCCACGAUGAUGAGGAUGAGAUAUACGAAGGGGAGUACCAGGGGAUCCCAUCUGAUGCGAAAGCCCGAGAUGGGCAAGUGGCUCUGGGACAGCCACUGGCUGAUGGCCUGAAGGACCGGAGAGAGCUGGAGAAUGAGAGACAGGCAGAUGAGGAAGAGCUGGCGCAGCAGUACGAGCUCAUCAUUCAGGAGUGUGGACAUGGCAGGUUUCAGUGGCAGCUCUUCUUUACGCUGGGGCUGGCACUCAUGUCUGAUGGCGUGGAGGUCUUUGUUGUGGGCUUCGUUCUUCCCAGUGCCGAGACGGAUAUGUGUGUGCCUGAUUCAAGCUCUGGAUGGCUGGGAAGCAUUGUGUACCUGGGCAUGAUGUUUGGCGCCUUCUUCUGGGGCGGCAUGGCUGAUAAGGUGGGCAGACGGCAAUGUCUGCUCAUCUGCAUGUCCCUAAAUGGCUUCUUCGCCUUCCUGUCAUCUUUUGUGCAGGGCUAUGGGCUCUUCCUUCUGUGCCGCAUGAUUGCUGGCUUUGGGAUUGGUGGAGCGGUGCCCAUCGUCUUCUCGUACUUUGCUGAGGUGCUGUCAAGAGAGAAGCGUGGCGAGCAUCUGAGUUGGCUCUGCAUGUUCUGGAUGAUUGGGGAGAUUUAUGCCUCUGCCAUGGCCUGGGCCAUCAUACCUCACUACGGCUGGAGUUUCAGUAUGGGCUCAGCUUAUCAGUUCCACAGCUGGAGGGUGUUUGUGGUGGUUUGCGCUCUUCCAUGCGUUUGUGCCGUCGUGGCCUUAACCUUCAUGCCGGAGAGCCCACGCUUCUACUUGGAGGUGGGGAAGCACGACGAGGCCUGGAUGAUCCUCAAGCAGAUUCAUGACACAAACAUGCGUGCGCGUGGACAGCCAGAGAAAGUCUUCACCGUGAACAGAAUUAAAAUCCCGAAGCAGAUUGAUGAGUUUGUUGAGAUGCAUGAAUCGGGCAACUUUUUCUCAAAAGCGAUCUUCAGAAUAAAGACAGAGCUUCAUGGGAUUUGGUUGAACUUCUUGAAGUGUUUUAAUUACCCAGUGAAAGACAGCACAGUGAAGCUUGCUAUUGUGUGGCUAACACUGUCAUUUGGGUAUUACGGUUUAUCUGUGUGGUUUCCUGACGUCAUCAAACACCUUCAGAACGAUGAAUAUGCCUCUAAAGUACAGCGGCAUAACAACGAGCGAAUUGAAGACUUCACCUUCAAUUUCACCCUUGAAAACCAGAUACACACUAAUAGCUUAUUCAUCAACGACAGGUUCAUAAAUAUGAAAUUCAAGUCUGUCACAUUCAUCAAUUCCACCUUUCAAAGCUGCUUUUUUGAGGAUGUGACAUCCGUUGGAUCUUUCUUUCGUAACUGCACAUUUAUAGAGGCUGUCUUCUACAACACUGAUGUUGACGAUUCCAAGCUUAAGAACACAGAUGUUAUAAACAGCACAUUUUACCACAACAAAACAGGCUGUCAAAUGACUUUUGAGGAUGAUUACAGUGCAUACUGGGUCUACUUUGUCAAUUUCUUGGGAACACUAGCUGUUCUGCCUGGCAACAUUGUUUCUGCACUGCUCAUGGAUAAAAUUGGCCGCUUGUCUAUGCUAGGGUUUUCCAUGAUCCUGUCAGGUAUCAGCUGCUUCUUCCUGUGGUUUGGCACCAGUGAGUCGAUGAUGAUUGGGAUGCUCUGCUUGUACAAUGGCCUGAGCAUUUCCGCCUGGAACUCUUUGGAUGUUGUGACAACAGAGCUGUACCCUACGGACAGAAGAGGAACUGGAUUUGGCUUCUGUAAUGCCUUGUGCAAGCUAGCAGCGGUCAUGGGGAAUCUGAUUUUUGGAUCUUUAGUGGGCAUCACCAAAGCCAUCCCCAUUCUUCUGGCAUCCUCGGUGCUCGUCGGUGGAGGUCUGGUGGGACUGCGACUGCCUGACACCCGCUCUAAUGUCCUCAUGUAACCCUCGUGUAAGAGGUCUGGAGAAACUCAAAAGGCUUGACUUGAAUGGUUACUUCACACCAAAAUUAAAGUUCUGCCAUCAUUUACCCUCAUGUCACUCUAAAGCCAA